AUGAUGGAAGAUUACUUUGUGGAUCGUCCAGUUUUCAGUGAAGAGGUAUUCCGGACAAGGUACAGGAUGAGUCACAAUGUGUUCAACCGCAUUUCCAGUGACCUUUGUCACUAUGACCCGUACUUUGUCCAGAAAUCAGAUGCUGCAGGCAAAGUCGGACUACUUCCCCAGCAGAAGCUGACAUGUUCCUUAAGAAUGCUUGCUUAUGGUGCCGGGGCAGAUCAAUGUGCUGAGUAUUGUCGGAUGGCGAAAACUACCUCCAUUGCCGCUCUGAAACGAUUUACAAGAGGAAUCGUUUUUCUGUACUCGGCAGAAUACCUCCGGGCUCCUAAUCCUGCCGACCUCAGAAGACUUCUCGCCAAAGCUGAGAGAAGAGGCUUUCCUGGGAUGAUUGGAAGCAUCGACUGCAUGCACUGGCAAUGGAAGAAUUGCCCAACAGGUUGGGCUGGAGAAUACAGCGGACGAAAACGUGUGCCCACUAUCAUCCUCGAAGCAGUCGCUUCUUAUGACACAUGGAUAUGA